UUACACAUGGGAAGCAAUUGAUGCAGACAAACAUGUGCUUUAUAAAAUAAACUUAUGUUUUGGUGUUGAAGAGUGUGGAAGAUCAAGUGCAGUCUGUGCAUAUGACAUCAAUAAGAAGACCUAUCUGUCUGUCGGUGACAUAGGCUUGCAAAAAGUUUCUAAAAGUCUUCUGGAACUCAACACUACACGUAACUGCUUGCAGCAAGGCAGUCAGCACCAAAUUCAAAGCAACAUUAACUUCCUGUGUGGGAAAACACUGGGUACCCCUGAGUUUGUAACAGCAACAGAGUGUGUGCACUAUUUUGAAUGGAGAACCUUUGUGGCUUGCAAGAAAGACUUGUUUAAACCUGUGAAAGAGGUCCCUUGCUAUGUGUUUGAUGAAGAUUUGAAGAAACAUGACUUGAAUCCUCUCAUCCAAGUUUCAGGACACUACUUGGUGGAUGAUUCUGAUGAUGAUUCCUUGUUCAUAAACGUCUGCAGGGACUUAGGAAGUUCAAGUGGAGAGACCAGAAACUGCCCUGCUGGCAGUGCUGCUUGCUUGUGGCAUGAAGGUCAGGUGUAUGACGUUGGCCAUCCACAGGAACAGCUGAAACUUCAUGACAAAGACAGGCUGGUAUUGAGUUAUGAGAGGAUAUACAGUGAUGAAGAAAAGCCAGACUUCUGCCUAGGCCAUAACCCAGCAGUGACGAUCACUUUUGUGUGCCCAUCAAGGAGGGGAGAAGAGAGUGCAGGUCCCAAACUCACAGCAAAAACAAAUUGCCGGUAUGAAGUUGAGUGGGUUACUGAGUAUGCCUGUCACAGGGAUUACCUGGAGAGUAGGAGUUGUCUUCUGACUAAUGAGCAACAUGAUAUCUCCAUUGAUUUAAGACCACUUACUCAACUUCCAGAUUAUGUCACACCGUAUUUAGCCAAAGAUGACAAAGAGGAGUAUUACUAUUACUUGAAUAUAUGUGGAAAAACUGCUGCAGGUAACUGCAAGGACAGCACAGGAUACACUUCAUCUUGCCAAGUAAAAUCUUCAAAUAACCAGCAAAAAGUGGCAGGAAGAUUUGAGAACCAAACCCUAAGAUAUUCUGAUGGGGAUCUCACUUUAAUUUAUCCGAAUGGAGAUGCCUGUAGUUCUGGCUUUCAGAGAAUGACUGUCAUAAACUUUGAGUGCAAUGAAACAGCAGGUAAUGAUGGUAGAGGAACUCCAGUGUUUACUGGUGAAGUGGACUGCACAUACUUUUUUACUUGGGAUACAAAAUACGCAUGUGUUAAAGAGAAAGAAGAUCUCCUUUGCAGAGUUGCUGAUAAGAGAAAACACUAUGACUUGUCACCUCUGAUCCGCAGUUCAGGCUUAGCCCAGAACUGGGAGGCCGUGGACAGUACCUUUUCAGAGAUAGGGAGGAAGUGUUAUUACAUCAAUGUCUGCCAUAAAGUACUGAAGAGAGGAGGAGCUUCCAGCUGCCCAGAUGCUGCUGCUAUUUGCUCUGUAGAUAAACAAAACAAGAGUAAGAAUCUUGGAACAUUUGUGUCUUCUCCUAAAAAGGUUGGAGAAAAUAUUCAACUUAUCUACUCAAAUGGAGACAGCUGUGGUGUUAACAAAAAAAUCAAAACUGUCAUCACUCUAGUGUGCAGACCAGGUGAUCUAGAAAGUGCUCCAAUCUUGAUGUCUGAGGGUGAAUGUUCAUACGCAUUUGAUUGGUAUACUGCUGCUGCGUGUGUGCUGUCUAAAACUGAAGGAGAUAACUGUCAAGUCUCUGAUCCUCAGGCAGGCUUCUCUUUUGAUUUAUCACCUCUGGCCAAGAAAAAUGGGCACUAUAUAGUUAAUACUACGGAAUACUUGUUUUACAUAAACAUCUGUGGCAGUAUGCCAGAUGAGUUGUGUCACACAAAAUCAGCAGCAUGCCAAGUAACACAAAGUAAGGAUCAGUUUUGGAGUCUUGGACUGCCCAGUUCCAAACUUUCAUAUUACGAUGGUCUGAUUCAGUUGACCUACAAAAAUGGUACAGCAUACAAUGAUGAGAAGAAAACACGGCGAUCUACCCUUAUAACUUUCCUGUGUGACCGUCAGGCUGGAAUAGGUCAGCCUGAAUAUCAGAUGGAAGAUAACUAUACCUACAACUUCAGGUGGUACACUGAGUAUGCUUGUCCUGAAGUGCCGCUGGAAUGUGUUGUGACUGAUCACAACACCAUGGACCAAUAUGACUUGUCAAGCUUAGCAAAAUCUGAGAAGAGAGGUGAAAACUGGUAUGCCAUGGAUAAUUCAAGGCCAAGUGAACGUAAGAAGUACUACAUAAAUGUCUGUCGACCACUGAUUGCUGUCCCAGGAUGUGACCGGCGAGCUUCUGUCUGUCAGAUGGAAUAUCGACAUGAUCACGUUUCUUACUCUGAAGUCACCUCUAUUAGUAAUCUUGGUGUUGCCAGCAAAGAACUAGUAGUUGAAAGACUUGGACACAUUUUUCUAACCUAUGCAAAUGGCUCAGUGUGCAUCGAUGCUGAUGGAAAGAAAACUACUUACACCACCACCAUCCACUUCAUCUGUUCCAGGGGUACUCUUAGUAGCAGCCCACGGUUUAUAGCUAUUCAGGAAUGUGUGGCCACAUUCUUAUGGGAAACUGAAGCUGCUUGUCCAAUCAAGGAAACAAAAGAUGAUUCUCAGUCCUGCUCUGUGCGAGAUCCAAACACUGGCUUUCUGUUCAAUCUGCAGCCAUUAGCUUCUAGAAAAGGCUAUAUGGCUACUGGCAUUGGGAAGAAGUUCUUGCUAAACAUUUGUGGACCCAUGCCAGAUUGUGGUAAAAUUAAUGGCAAAACAGCUGCUGGAUGUGAAGCAGAAAAUCUGACAUCGGUGAGGCUGGUGGAAUUGGACAAAACCCUGUAUCUGUCUGGUGAGGGGUUUCUAACUCUUACCUACAGAGGCCCUUUCCGUGUGCAGUCAG